AAAUAUAAUAUUGUAAAAGAUUAUUAAAUAAAGUUAUUGAUAAGAUGCCUACUGCGCAUGCGUUACUGGAAUCAGCUGGUUUCAUUACAUAUAAAAAGAUAUACAUAAAAUGUACAUUUUUUCUACAAAAUCGUAUUAUUUAUUACAUGAUAUUUCAUUUAAAAUGAUUUUUAAUGUAACACGAUAAACGAUAUGCAAUAAAUUUAUGGAUAAUUCAAUCUUUUUUAUAUUGGAACCAUCUUAAUUGUACCACGUCAGAUUUUUGGUGCGUAGUAACUGUUAUAGUAGUGAUGGUUAUAAAAGGGGUUAUGAACAUGGUGAUAGAGGCGAUGAUAAUAGCGGUAGCGGUAGUAACGGCGGUAGUGACGAUAGUAUAGUGGUAAAGUGAUGAUACAUUUGUACAUUUACAAAAAUAUCCAUUUAUUGACAGUAAAAUUUUUGAUGAGAAGAGUAAUGUAAGCACUUAAAGAAAUGAAGAUUUAUAUUACGUACGUGUAUCAGAUAUUACUUUUUAUAUCAGUUGCUUCCAGUGCACUUUUAUUUAUCAUAGUAGCUUCUGAAAAUGCACAAACCAGUUAUUACUCUUCUUCUAUUAAAACAAAUGAAACAUCUGAGACUGAUAAUAAUACGGAGGUGAUAAAUAUGGGAGUUGAUGAUUUAGAUACAACUAUACCAAUUACUGAAUUAUAUGAUCUACACAAAUUAGAAGAAAAAUAUAUUGAAGAAUCUACAACCUUUGAACCUAUCAUAAAUGGUGAAGCAAGAAAAAAAGAGAAUUCUUAUAAAGAUACAGAUAUUGUAGUGGAAAGUUUUACUCAAGCCAAAAUUUCUGAACAUGAACAAACAAUUUUAAGUUUGAUGAAUACGACUGUAACAGAAUCGCAAAGUUUAACAGAAUCAAAUCUUAAUCCUGAGUUUUCAAAAAGCAAGAAAUUAAGAAAUAUAGGUCAAAAAAUAGAAAAAGAACAAGAAGAAAUUCUAUCUAGUAUACAAGCACUACCUAUUAUAAAUGAAAUUACUGAAAAAUCUAAUGAAACAAAUAGUCUCAACAUAGAAUCUUUAUUAUUGACAAAUUCAGUUAGAGAAGAAGAAACACCUGAAUUAGUAGUAGUAGUAAGAGCUGAACAAAUACCUAUUGUUACUGAUGGAUCAGACUCAAAAGUUGAAGAUAGUAUUAAAGUACUUCCUACUAAAGAUGAAAUUUCUAAAAUUUGCAAUAAAAUGACAACAACUCCAGAAUUAAGUGAUACUGAUGCUAAAGCCCGAUUAGUAGGAGAUAAUAGAGAUGAAACUGCUGCAGUUGUUUUUGGUGAAGGAAUUGGAUCUGUAGGAUCUUCAAAUCCACAUGAAGAUAUUCCAUCGUUUAGCGAAUGGACACAAAAAAGAUUAGAAGAAGCUGAAAGGAAAAAAACACAUCCAAAUGUAUCUGUUCAGAAUUCUGGAGCGCCAACACGAGGAAUCGGUGGAAUGAAAAUUCGUUCUAAAAAUUAUGCUUCUCCAGAUUGUGGUGCAAAAAUUGUAGCUGCAAAUCCAGAGGCGCGAAGCGUUAGAAGCGUUUUAGUUUCCACUAGAGAUGAAUAUAUGCUUAAUACAUGUACAUCACGUAUAUGGUUCGUGGUAGAACUUUGUGAAGCAAUUCAAGCCAAGAAAAUUGAAUUAGCCAAUUUUGAACUUUUCAGUUCAUCACCAAAAGAUUUUUCAGUUUAUAUAAGUGAUCGUUUUCCUACUAGAGACUGGAGUCCAGUUGGUCAAUUUACUGCGAAAAAUGUAAAAGAUAUCCAAAAUUUUGCUUUACAACCACAUCUUUUUGGAAAAUUUAUAAAAGUAGAACUUCAAACUUAUUAUGGAUCUGAACAUUUUUGUCCUAUUUCUUUAUUUCGUGCUUAUGGUACUAGUGAAUUUGAAGUUCUUGAAACAGAGACAGAGAAUCAAAUUCCGAGAGAAACGCAUGUAAAUGUAGAUGACGAAGAAGAUAGUGAUGAAGAAGAAGUUUUGGAUGUUGAAAAUGGUGAACCACCAAGAAAUUUGUUUGGUAGUGCUAGAGAUGCUGUAUUAAGUAUUAUGAAGAAGGCAGCUGAAGUAUUAGUAAAGUCUAGUGAUUUGACUUGUAAUAACAUUACAAAAAUUCAACAAAGUAUAGAUAGUGGUAAUAUUCUUGAAAAUUCUUUUGUUAGUUGUACCACACCAAGAUAUACUAUUCUUUGUGAUCAUUGUUCAGAUCAAAAAUUUGCAAAAGUUUUUCAAUUAAUUAGUUGUAGGGAAAAACAGUUAAAUGAAUUACUUAAAAUUGACCUUGUGAAUAGAACUUUAAGACAAAAUGGACUUUGUAAGAUUCAUGGUGUAGAAUUUGAAACUUUUGCAAAGAAAGAAAUAAGAGAAAAAAAUGAAAAUGUAAAAAAAACAGAAAAAUAUGACAAACUUGAUAAAAUGUUUGAUUCAAAUUUGCGUUUUCAAUUAACAUUUAUAACGUCCAUACUUAAAUCUGAAUAUAUCGCGGCACUUUGUAAUAUAUUAGCAAUAAAAGAAUGUAAAAUGGUAAUGAAUGCAAGCCAUGAAAUACAGUUUGAUAAUUUUAAAGAAAUCAUUAAGGAAGAUAUAUCAGAUAGAGAUAAAGAAGAUUCCAAUAGUAACACAGUUAAAUCAUUUCAUUAUACAGCAACACGUACUUCGAAUUCAAAUAUAUAUACAUCUUCUCAGGAACUUAAAAAAGAUAUUCAAGAACUAUCUAUAAAAACUAGCAAAUUCACUAGUACACCUGUUGAAAUUUCAUCUAGCUUUAAAAGUAUAGCUUCGCAGAUAAAACCUACUAAAACUUUUGGAAAAGAAGAAAUCAAGAAUGAAACAUCAUUACCAAUUUUAGAAAUUGAAGAAACUAUUCAAGCUGAAGUGUUAACAACUGUUCCUGUAUCUUUAAAUAUUGAUCAACAUUCAAUUUUAAAAGCUUCUGAAGAACCAUUUACAACUCCUAGUAUUUCUAUUGAAAAUUCACCUCAAACAACUGUUUCUGUUUCAAUAACUACUACUGAUAGCAAUGAAUUUGCAAGUGAUGAUAUGAUAUCAGAUAUAGAAUCUUUGGAAUUUGCUAAUAUACCAAAUAAAGUGGAGAAAGAAUAUCUGGAACAAGAAGGAAAACAAGAACAAAUAGAAAUUCCAGAUCAAGAAAUUAAAUUACCUUCUCAAGAUUCUUUAAUGUUUGAUAAUUUAUUGUCUGAUCUAAAAGAUUUAGAAGGAGAAGCAACACAUAUUCAAAAUGGUCCUACUGCAAGUACUUCAGUGACACAACCACAAAAAGAAUCUGUUUUUUUAAGAUUAUCUAAUAGAAUCAAGGCAUUAGAAAUAAAUAUGUCUUUAAGUGGACAGUACUUAGAAGAAUUAAGUCGUCGAUAUAAAAAGCAAGUAGAAGAAAUGCAAAGAUCUUUUGAACGCACAGUCUCAGCAAUGAAUGAAGAAACACGAAAAAGAGAUGAACGCGAAACAAAGAGAAUAGAAGAAAUUGCUAUUUUAAAAGAAAAAGUCGUUAAUCUUUCUAAUUCAAUAAAAGAUCUUUUAUAUGAUCGUGAAAGUUGGCGUGGAAAAAUUUCUAUGAUAGGUCAACAUAUGUUGUUAAUAUGUUCAGAAGUUCUUGUGAUAUAUUUAAUUUUAAUUUAUUGCUGGGGAAGUAACCAUAAAAAAGCUGAAGUAAAAGUAAAACAACAGUCAGAAAAAGAUGCGAUGCGUCGUAAAAGUGCAGAGAAUUUUAAUUCACAUAUGAAAAAAACAAAAAAGCGAAGACCAAGCGAAAUAGCUUCUAACAUUACGGGUACAUAUCGUGAAUUAAUGAUUAUUGAUAAAUCUCAUGAAAUAAAAAGAAAAAAAAAGAAACGUAAAAAAACAACUACAUCAAUUAGUAAUCAAACAAAUGUAAAUAAUGAUAUCAAUAUGUAUCCAAUUACACAGUACAGAAAUCAAAUAGAUGUUACACAUGAAGCGGAUAUAACACCAGAAAUUGUUUCGUCUAUUGAAGUAUUACAUACAAAUGUUUCUCGAAAACAAGCUUGUGAAAAGUUUAAUUGGGUCCCGGAAAAUACAAUUGAAUGGUUCAAUAAUGUUCACGAAACAGGAUGUAAUAUGAUGUUAUGCACUAAUAAUUCCAAAAUAGAUUCUAUUCAAAAUUCUGAGUUAAAUAAUUCAUAUAUUAAAAAUUCAAAUGAAUCAAAUUUGCUGUCAUCAGAUGUGUUUCCAGAAAAAGUUCAUUAUAGCGAACAAACUGCUAUUGAAUCUGAAGAUCUUUUAAAUAUUAGUGGCAUAUUAAAGGAUACAAGCUUAAGUGUAACAUCUUCUUUUAUGAAAACUGCUUUAAGUACAAGAAAGAAAAGAAAAUCUUAUUCAAAUGAUAUGAAUGAAGAAUGGAAUAAAAAUUCAGGUGAUUCUAAUGAUAAUACUGUACAAGUAAGUCUUAUUUCUUCAAAACCAUCUUCAGAAAAUAUUGAUCCUGAUAUUGAAACAAGCAGUAAUGGUCUGUUAAUGGACCAAAGUGAUGAAUCUAGAAGUAGUAGUAUAACAUCAAUAUCAAAAAAAAGAAAAAAAAAUACUAGUUUUAGGAAAAUGGUGAAAAAAUUUUUUUGAUUAAAAUAGGUUUACCAACGAUAGUUGGUUGAAAAAAAUAACUUGAAAAUAUUGAAAUUUAUGAUUCUUAUUAAAGCAUACAAUAUGCUUGGUUUGAAUGCUUCGCUCGUAUGAAGUCAUUUAAGGUGUGUAUAGAUUUACAGGCAUUGUCUGUAAACAUAUACUCUCAUAUAAGGAUUUUAGAUGCUGCAGAUAGAUCGCGGUUAGUUAGUGAAGUUUUGUAAUAUGUAAUAUUAGUAUCAUCUAAAUGCAAUAUAACAAUAUACAAUAUCCUUGAACAGAUUUUCAGUAUAUAUAUAACAUAU